AUGGUCCUGAGGAUUAAAUGGAAGCCUGGAGGGGGCGGGCCAGAUGAGUCAACCAAAUCAACCACGAACCUUUAUCUCAAGUCGGCUUCCAAGAGAUUUGCUCAAGAACCAAAAAUGGCGAGUCGGCCUGGUUGCCAUAUCUCCAUUUUACCUUCGAGAUGUAAUUCCUUUUCAUGUUCAAUCUUUGCCCACCUUGGGACGCAGACUAACGGCCGCCCUCUGUUUCAGGAGAGUGGGGUCGCCCAUCCCGCCGCCCGCCCCAUGCUUCAACAGCCGCCCUUCCUGGACCCCUUCUCCGCCCACGCGCAAGCCAUGUCCGCCGAGUGCGAGAGCGCGCCCCCGCAGUCCCUCACGGGCGCCGCCAAGCCCCUGGUGGGCGCUCCCGCCAUCUCCACGUCCGCCUCGCCCCCGGACCGCCACGGCGCGGCGGGAAUCAGCUACGAGGGCCGCGUGUCCGUCAUCCCGCCGCUGGCUGGCUACGAGGCCACCAUGCGAGCCGCCAUGGAGCUCGACCGCGCCCACGCCCACGCCCGCGAGCAGCAGCAGAUGAGCAUGGAAGCCGCCGCCGUCGCCGCCCGCAUGCAGAGUGAGCGCGGCCACUACGACCCCCUUCAGAUGCAGCAGGAGUUGCGGCGCCUGUACGAGCAGCGCGCCCGUCUGCAGGAGGCCUCGCACUUGUACGCCGCGCAGCGCGAGGAGCACGCGCAGCAGGCCUACGCACAGCACGACGCCCUCACGCCCAAGGAGGAGCCCAUGAGCGUCGCCCACGAGGAGGACGAGCAGGACGUAGACAUGAGCGACGCCCGCGCCCCCUCCCCCCAGCAGCCGAUCUCCGAGGCGGAGCAGCACCUGGAGGUGGUGGUCAAGGAAGAGCCGGCGGCGGAGGGACAGCCGGCGGGGAGCGACGGGGAGUCGCGCCCCUUCGAGGCCGACUCCGUCCUGCGGUUCGCGCGGCCCGACCACCACGCCGAGCCGACGCGCUCGCCGAUCGACAAGGCCGGCGAGUCGCCCGACCUGCCCACCGACUCGGCCCGCACGCAAGCGCACGCGGCCGAGGAGCAGAACGACUCGUUCCGCGGCUACGAGUCGGCGUUCCGCCACGGCGACGACGCGCUGUCCCCGUACGGCGAGAGCUACCAGGGCAGCGACGAGCGCAUGCCGUCCAGCGUGGAGCCCGACGUGCACGACGACUCCAUGGACUCGUCCUCCCUCCACGACGGAGGCGACAUGAACCCGCUGUCCCGCCUGCAGCACGCGCUCGAGCUGUCGGGCGUGAUGGGCAAGGAGGGCGAGGGCGACAAGCAGGUGUUCCAGUGCCACCUGUGCUCGUACUCGGGGGCGUCGCGCUUCCACUUCGACGCGCACCUCAACACGCACUACGACCACAAGUGCGCCAAGUGCGAGUUCACGGCGCGAACGGAGCCCAAGCUGCGCGAGCACAUGCAGGACGAGCACGGCCUCAGCCCCGACUCCAACGAGGACCUCGAGGGCAUCCGCGUGCCCCGCGUCAACGCGCAGGGCAAGGUCAAGACCUUCAAGUGCAAGCAGUGCGAGUACGUGGCCAUCACCAAGGGCGACUUCUGGGAGCACGCCCGCACGCACAUCAAGAGCGAGAAGCUGCUCACGUGCCCCAAGUGCCCCUUCGUCACGGAAUACAAGCACCACCUCGAGUACCACCUCAGGAACCACUUCGGCUCGAAGCCCUUCAAGUGCAACAAGUGCAACUACUCGUGCGUCAACAAGUCCAUGCUCAACUCGCACAUGAAGUCGCACAGCAACAUCUACCAGUACCGCUGCGCCGACUGCACGUACGCCACCAAGUACUGCCACUCCCUGAAGCUGCACCUGCGCAAGUACGGCCACAACCCCGCCAUGGUGCUCAACCCCGACGGCUCGCCCAACCCCAUCCCCAUCAUCGACGUGUACGGCACGCGCCGCGGCCCCAAGCUCAAGAAGGACGAGAACGGCAUGCCCAUCCUGCCGCCGCACUACCAGAUCCAAGCGCAGCUGCUCAAGGCGCAGAUGCAGGCCAGCGCCACGCUCCCGCAGCCCCCGCCCACGCCCACGUCGCCUCGCGAGGGCUCCAAGCCGCCGCAGGGCCGCACGCCCGCCGCCAUGCCGCAGACGCCGCGCGCGCCGCCGCCGCACUCGCCCUUCUCCUACCCGUACCCCAGCAUGAUCCCCAACUUCCAAAGCUCGUCGCCCAUCCUGUCGCGCGCCCUCGAGAAGUCGCCCGAGGAGGCCCCGAAGACGCUGGAGGGGCGCGAGCAGCUGCGCGAGCUCCUCCUGGAGCGCGAGCGCCUCACGCAGAAGAACCCGCUGUCGCCAGGCGGCGUCUUCAAGUGCCCGCAGUGCGAGUUCAGCACGGACCUGCGCGAGGUGUUCUCGCAGCACGUGCUGCUUCACGCAGCCGCCGACCGCCGCGACGACGCCGACGACGGCCCGCACUCGCCCAAGCCCUUGGAGCGCUCGCUGUCGCCCGAGCGCCGCCCUGUGUCGCCGCGCGCGCCAGUCUUCCACCCACACCACGCGCUGCAGCCGCCCACCAGCGACCCGGGCGCGCCGUACUCGCCCCUGGCCGCCGCCCACAACCUGAAGGAGUACCUGGCCCGCGCCAUGAACCCGUUCCUGUACCAGCAGAUGAUGAGCGGCCAGAUUCACCCGGCGCUGGGCCUGCAGCAGCACCUGCAGCGCUUCGCCCACCCCGCGCUGCACGGGCCGCGCCUCACGCCCGCCGACGACGACCACGGCCCCGCCCACGAGCCGCCCCAAGGCUCCCCGCACGAGCCGCACGCCCACCCGCAGGCGCACUCGCCCAACGACGACGGCGUGCUGGACCUGAGCAAGGAGCAGACGCCGCCGCAGCAGGGCUCCGACCUGCGGAAGGUGCCGUCGUCCGAGCCGCGCUCCGAGUCGCAGGCGUCGCUGUCGCCGCACCACUCGUCGCCGCAGUCGUCGUCGCCGCCGCGCUCCGAGACGUCCACGCCGCCCUCCAAGAGCCGGCGGAAGGGCCGCGCCUUCAAGCUGGAGCGCAUCGCCAUGCGGCUGAGCGAGAGCGCCGAGGGCGAGAGCAGCGGCCACGACGAGGACUCGCGCCGCGACGACGAGGAGCCGCCGCGCCGCCCGACGGAGGCCUCCCUGCCGCCGCUGGUGCCGCUGGAGCCGCUGCAGGACGACGACGCCCACCACGCCCACGCCCGGGAGAUGCAGGAGGAGCCACAGCAGCCGCGCACGGAGCAGUGGAGGGGCGCCCACCAGUGCCAGUUCUGCGACAUGGCCUUCAAGGACGUGGUCAUGUACACCAUGCACAUGGGCUACCACGGCUACCGCAACCCCUUCACGUGCAACAUGUGCGGCCACCAGGCGGCCGACAAGGUGGCCUUCUUCCUGCACAUCGCCCGCUCCUCGCACUCGUAAGGGGCGCGUCCUGCGAUCUCCCAGGAGGGAGAGAGAAUCAAGGCGAAAACGAAGAAAGAACACGAAGGAGAGGCUUUUCCGUUCCUUCAGACUUGGCGUCGUUCUUCAAAGUCACUCCCACGGGUUCGGCGUUGUGACUCCCAUGAUCUCACCGAGUUCGACUUCAUGAUGAUCUCACCAGCUGGCGCCCAGAGACGCUUCCGGAGGCGCCGCAGAAGGAGGAGGAGGAGGAGGUGCUCUCCCAGCCCGCCCGCUCUCGCCGCCCACGACGCCAGCUGGUCCUCGACGAUGGCCCCCAAAGAGUGCCAAGUUGGCCCUCUGAACUCGCCCCCAGUUUCCUUGUUUCGGGUGCUUCGUAGACUAAUGGCAGCGGUUCCGUUGAACCGCGUUAUGUGAACAUAGGCUCUAGUCAGCUAUAGGACAUGUAUUGUAUAUAUAGAAGAGUUUAUUCACUAUAAAAAUCCAUAUUUCGUAUAAGGAAGUUUAGUUCAAAUAUCAAAACAUUCUCUGCUGCAUGAGAGUUUCCAUGUGUUUCGCUCUUUGUUUUUGAAAGCUUUUAAACGGCAAUAGUUUAAUUUUCUUUAGACUAUGAUUUCAUGGUUCAAACGAUAUUUUUUUGAGAUACUGAUGAUGUUGAGUGUGCAGCUUCAUUUGAACUUUUUAUUUUCUAUUUUUGCACAGUAUUAGUUUGGAUGUAUGCGGGUAUUAGUUGAUAGAAGUCCAAUAGAAAGCUGCACAUCGUUUUCUUUCUCUUUAUUAUUCCAUGAAAUACAAAAUGAUAAUUCCACUUUCAUUUCAUUCCUCUCUGCAUAGGACGUAUGUGGAGACGAUAUUUAUAAUAAGAAUCCUCUUCUUUUUCUCAAAGAAGAUGAAAUGUAUCUAUAAAAAAAGAGUUGUGAGUUGUAGAAAAAAAUCACUGCCUGUCAGUUUUAGGAUUUUAUUUUUAGCUAGACAUCGUGGUACGUAGACUUUCAUGAUUAAGUGUUGUUUACCGCGACAGUCCUGCUUACGAAAAAGAGAAAAGGGUUUUAAAUGAUGUAUUAUAUUCCUUGCUAUGUUGUGGUCGACAGAAGAGAGAAAAAAAUCUCAAACAGUAUGAUGAAAAUGAUCAUAAUCUAUAAUUAUGAUUAUUAUAUUUUGUAAAAUUUAAUUGUUCUUGUUCUCUCGGACGAACAACAACUUGGGGCUGCUAUUUUUUGGAGAACUGUUUUUAUUUUUAUUUAAUAGAUGUAUAUGUGCAUACUCUCGUACUAAGUAAGAGAUACUAAGUAUAAAGAGUAUUGUCUCCUUUCUAUAGGAGAUUUUCCUUUGACAUGACAUGAAACAGGAUGGCGAUGAUAAUAUUAAUAACAAUGAAUAAAUACAUUGAUUAAUAUGUGUUUAACGGAGAUAUUGUUCCUCUUAAAGCAACUUUGUACUCAGGGAUAAGUUGAGUGAGAACCUUGAAAUAGGGAACUCAAGAAAACAUAUCGUGUGGAUGAAGAAUGAUUUGCAUAGGUGGAGUCUGGUGAAAGUCAAGUGGAGAAAGGUGGAAGGCGCUGAUAUAACUCUUUUCUGUGUAUUCAAAAUUCUGAUAUUUAGUUUUUCUCUCUCAAGAACUCUCGUUUUAGCGGUCAAUAUUUUAAUUAAGGGAAAGUAAACCAGAAAUGAUAUUUCUCCUAAAGUUAUUCUCUCAAAAAAAAAGAAAAAAAAAAAAGAACUAUACAAGUGUCUAUAGAAAAACAAAAACAAAGAUAAGAGAGAGAAAGCCAAAGGGAAUGUGAGAGACAAAAAAGCAAGAGAAGAGAAAAAUAAACAAACGAAAACAAGAGAAAAUAAAUACCAGCUUCAACCACCAACCUCGGUACCAGUUAACUCAGACGCGCUUGUGUAAGAUUAAAAAAAAAAAAAAAAAUACCACCGUAAUAAUUAUUCUUUAUAUUUUUUUCCUGUAAAAUAUGAAAUAACUAUUAUAAAUAUUAAAAAAAAGGCCUAUGUGCAUUUUCUUCCUUGUAUGUGGGGUUUUCGCCUUGUCCUUUGUCCAUUUUUCUGCUCUUUAGUGUAUGGCAGUUAAUGACCUUUUUAGUGCAGGAAAUUGUUCUUGCAAAUAUAUAUAUAUAUAUAUAUAUAUAUAUAUAUAUAUAUAUAUAUAUUUAUGUAUGUAUGUAUUUAUGUUUGUAAAUGUAAAUCUAUUUUUUUCUUGGGUUUACUAGUGCAGGUAAAUGUAAAGAAACAUAUUUCUCUCCCCGUUUCCUCACUCAAUGUACCUGUAACAGUCGACCUCCAGCGGCGCCUGCUAGCGUUUCCAGAAUCAGUGAAAAUGUCAUUAACUGCACUAUUACUGUACUUCCGUUGCACAGAUUGUUCCAGAAGGGAUGCAGUGGCUUUGUGUGUCUUUUUGUUUACUUUAUGUCUGUGGUUAUGUAGGGAAUUGCCUUGUGUUCAGGUGCAACAUGUCAUAUCAAAUAAUGAUAAUAAUAAAAAAAAUCAAUCACUGUUUAAAAAAAAAUGUGUUGUUUGGUGUAUCCUUUUCGAUUUCGU